AUGAGAGAGUUCCUCCCCAAGGUUCUCAAGGUGACCAAGUUCAUCAAGGCAAUCAAGUUUCGGUGGAUCCCCCCAGCUAUGUCCAAUGAGGAAGUUAGGUCGGCUCUUUUGAUGAUGGCUCAAGCCGUAACUACUCAAGCCCAAGCCAUGACUGCUCAAGCUAUUACGAGUAUGACUCAUGUGAACCCUAUUGUGAGCACUAUAGCUUCUAGGUUGAGAGACUUUGUGAGGAUGAGUCCUCUGAUAUUUCUUGGUUCCAAGGUGGGAGAGGAUCCCCAAGAGUUUAUUGAUGAGGUGUAUAAGGUAGUCAAUAAUAUGAAGGUGACUUUUAUACAAAAAGUGGAACUUUCCUACCGAUUGAAGGAUGUUUCCCAAGUUUGGUUUACUCAAUGGAAAAGCAAUCGGCCGGUAGGAGCGGGUCCUAUAGAAUGGGAGGAUUUUAAGAAAGAAUUCCUUGGUAGGUUCCUCCCCCAUGAGAAGAGGGAGGCUAAGGUGGAGGAGUUUAUCAACCUUAAUCAAGGUAGCAUGAGUGUGCAAUCCAUGGUGUCUAACCCGAGGGAUGAGAUGAGUAGAUAUGUCACGGGUGUGUCUAAACUAGUUGAGAAAGAGUGUCGUACUGAGAUGCUCAAGAUUAAGAAAAAGAAUAGGGAGAUGAAGAGGUCUAGGUUUGAUGAGCAAGGUCAACCAAGGUAUUUCGAGUUCGAGACAAAACAUGGACACUAUUGGGCAAAAAGAAACAAUGCAGUUGAAAGGAUGAAGAAAAGACGGCCUGAAGAUCGCUUAAACCAUUAG